AUGCAGGUUAUCUCACGAGUGUUCAAGAAGGCGAGCCCGAAUGGAAAGCUCACCGUCUAUCUGGGAAAGCGGGAUUUUGUGGACCACAUCGAUCUCGUGGACCCUGUGGAUGGUGUGGUCCUGGUGGAUCCUGAGUAUCUCAAAGAAAGGAGAGUCUAUGUGACACUGACCUGCGCCUUCCGCUAUGGCCGGGAGGACCUGGAUGUCCUGGGCCUGACCUUUCGCAAGGACCUGUUUGUGGCCAACGUGCAGUCCUUCCCGCCGGCCCCUGGGGACAAGAAGCCCCUGACGCGGCUGCAGGAGCGCCUCAUCAAGAAGCUGGGCGAGCAUGCCUACCCUUUCACCUUUGAGAUCCCUCCGAACCUCCCAUGCUCUGUGACGCUGCAGCCAGGGCCUGAAGACACAGGGAAGGCCUGUGGUGUGGACUACGAAGUCAAAGCCUUCUGUGCAGAGAACCUGGAGGAGAAGAUCCACAAGCGGAAUUCUGUGCGUCUGGUCAUCCGGAAGGUCCAGUAUGCCCCAGAGAAGCCUGGCCCCCAGCCCACAGCUGAGACCACCAGGCAGUUCCUCAUGUCGGACAAGCCCUUGCACCUCGAGGCCUCCCUGGAUAAGGAGAUCUAUUACCACGGAGAACCCAUCAGCGUCAAUGUCCACGUCACCAACAACACCAACAAGACAGUGAAGAAGAUCAAGAUCUCGGUGCGCCAGUAUGCGGACAUCUGCCUUUUCAACACAGCCCAGUACAAGUGCCCCGUUGCCAUGGAAGAGGCUGAUGACACAGUGGCACCCAGCUCAACGUUCUGCAAGGUGUACACGCUGACCCCCUUCCUGGCCAACAACCGAGAGAAACGGGGCCUUGCCCUGGACGGGAAGCUCAAGCAUGAAGACACGAACCUGGCCUCCAGCACCCUGCUGAGGGAAGGAGCCAACCGUGAGAUCCUGGGGAUCAUCGUCUCCUACAAAGUGAAAGUGAAGCUGGUGGUGUCUCGGGGCGGCCUGUUGGGAGAUCUUGCAUCCAGCGAUGUGGCUGUGGAGCUGCCUUUCACCCUAAUGCACCCCAAGCCCAAAGAGGACCCCCCGCAUCGGGAAGUUCCAGAGAACGAGGCGCCAGUAGAUACCAAUCUCAUAGAACUUGACACAAAUGAUGACGACAUUGUGUUUGAGGACUUUGCCCGCCAGAGACUGAAAGGCAUGAAGGAUGACAAGGAGGCAGAGGAGGACGGUACUGGCUCUCCACAGCUCAACGACAGAUAGGCUGGGGCCCGCCUCCCCCAGGCAGCCCCAGGUCACUCGUGCUCUAGGAUGCUUAUUCGUCUUCCUGUUCUGGUUUCCUCUUCCCUUUGUUCUUCCAGUUUCUGCCAGGGGGCCCCAGUGGUCUUCCAGGUCACGGUGAUGCAGCUCUGGCCCCACAUCACCAUGCAACAGGACCACAGUGCAUCGCCUGCAGCCUCAUCUCUGCGGUCACUGCUCUGUCCCCCGUCGGCUCCACACUGACUCCCAGAAAGGCCACCACGGCUUUGGCCUUGGCAUUUGACUGGAGCUGGGGAGCAGAAAGGGGAGGAUGGGGCAUGAGGGGCAUGGGGAUUGUGGGCAUGAGGACUUGCAGGGGUGGGGAUGAGGGCUGAAGACAUAUGAGAAGACGUCCACAGUCCCAGGUGGUUAACACAGUUCUGGCAGCUAAAAGAUGACCGCAUUGGAGGCCACCCCCUUCUGGCUGGAGGGGCAGACCUGUGGAUAGAUUCUCAAUGCUUUUUUGCAGCUCGGACCCACCAAAGACCUCUACCCUCAUCCCUGCCCCAGGUCCCUCUGUGUCUGACAGUGACAUUGGUGAAAGGUCAUAGACCCCAGGAGUGGACAGAAGCAACUGCACUGACUUUCUUACCAGCAGUUACCUAGACUAAGGCAAGAUGUGCAAACUAGCCCAAGCACACUUCAGAACUGUCAGGAUAUGACUCCUUAGCUACCUUGUACUUUACGUGUGUGGACUGUCUAUAUAUAUAUGCACAGAGGGGUGGUCUUCAGCAAGCACCAGCCCCUGGCAGAGUGAGCUGAGACUCCUGAGGAGGUUUCUCAGAGACAGGGGCAGAGGUGGGAAGAUGAGAGUCUGCCCUGUGUCCCUUCCUUUGUGGAUUUCAGAUGAUCAUGCAGGAGGCAAGGCUGGAGGUCCCAGGGGGCUGGGGCCACCAGUAUCCUCCUACUUCCCCUGUAGUUCUCCAGGGCUGGGCUCAGCUGGCCCUGCAGGCUGGAAGAGAGUGCCCGAGGCCACCAUGCCACAGUCAAAAGGGGUCCUUUCCCAGAAGGUGGCCGGGCCCAUCGAGAUGCCCUCACCCAAAGGGAAGGAGGCUGCUGGGUAGCAAAACCCCUUCUUCCCUUGGGGAGUUGGUGACCUUUAGUAGUUCCCAGUGGCAUGGGUACCCAAUACCCAUUGGCUGGUGUUGGCAUGAUUGGGAGCUGGGACAUCUCCCAGGUGAUGAGGUAGGAAGUGUUAAAAGGUAUUCUUGCCUGGCCUUUGAUGCUAACUUGCUGUGUGACCUUGGGCAAAUUCCCUCCCUCUUUGGGCCUUGGUUUUUCACCUGGAAAACCAAGAGGUUUGACCAGAUGGAUCACAAAGGGCCCUCCCAGCUCUAGCCUGUAAGAAUUUGUGAACAUUAUAGCUUCUGGUCUGGUGUGUGGAGGCAGAGUUGCUGACUGAUCUGUCUGCCUCCAGAGAGGAUUCAUUGGACCUCAGAGGUGGCAAGAUCCUACAGCACACCUGACCCCCCCCCCCCAGGCCUGGGAAGGGCCCUUCUUGUGCCCAUUGGGGGUCACCAGUUGUCAAGCUUGUGGCCACAAGCUGCUCUGCCCUAGGGCCUGAGCAAGGGGGGACAGAGCUUAUAUUUGCUGAGGCUUGGGACAGGGGCUUGUGAUGGGGCCUCCAGUACCUUACUGCCCCCUGUUGGAUGCAACACACUGAGGUUUACCCAAACAAAUAUAUUGAUUAGCAGGGGGAUGGGAUCCCUCAAUUUCUGUUCCCUUCCAUCUCUGUUCCAUACUUGCCUGAAAAGGGAGAUAACAAAAUUUUAUUAUACAGGUUGAAUCUCAACCCUUUUCAGUCCUGUGCCUCCCGGGGGUGAGCUGUACAACCAUUUCCCAUGGUAAAAUUACCCAGUCCACAA